AUGUUAUCCCACUCAUUUCUUUACACCCCGUUGCUCGGAAUUGCAGCUCUUCUCACGCUAUUAUUUGUCUGGUUGAAGCGCGACGAACUCGGCCUCUGGGUCGAAGUUGAGGAAAAGUUACCCGAGACCCGAUACUUCGUGCUACCUGACCAGCGACAGAUGGCAUACGGCAUCUACGGCGCACCCAAUGCUGCUUCCACCGUCUUCUACUUCCACGGGUGCCCGUCCUCCCACCACGAAGCUUUUCUUCUCUCCGAGGCCGGGCGGCGUUACGGCGUCCGCAUCGUUGCUCCAUCGCGCCCAGGCAGCGGCGGUUCAACAUUCCGCGACAACGGCGCUAUUCUCGACUACCCGGACGAUGUCCUUGCGCUGGCCGACUACCUCAAUAUCACCAAGUUUGGCAUAGUCGCCGUGUCUGGCGGCGCCCCUUAUGCCUUCGCCUGCCGGCAGCGGAUCUCACGGCCACGACUCACGGGAAUGGGGAUCGUAGCGGGAAUUUACCCCGUCACCAGCCUCGGCACCGCGGGCAUGAAGCUCCCUUCCCGGAUAAUGCUCCGGGUUGCUACGUGGUUACCCGGUGUGGUGGCCUGGCUCAUCGACAGGCAACUCGGCACCGUGGCACGGGACAAGGAUGAGGGGAAAAUGGAGGCGCUUUUGGUGGCGGACAUGCAGCAGGAUUCGACACCGCAGAGUGACAAACUGGCCUGGGAGGCCGCUCGCCCCGCAAUCCGAAAGGCUGUCGUUAUGGGCGUUCGGGAAGGCGUCAGGUACGGUGGACAAGGGCCGGCGUGGGAGAUGAAGUCCUUGGGGAGUCACUGGGGGUUUUGA